AUGAAUUGUUUUUUGAGUGCGAAAAGCAGAUUCAUCCAAUUUCAUUCAAUGUAUGGCGUUGACCCGGAUUAUAUUCGUGAGGGCGGCAGUAUACCAAUCACCUUAACGUUCCAGCAACUCACUGGCAGCAACGUUCUGCUUCUGCCCAUCGGAGCUUCGGAUGAUAUGGCUCAUUCGCAGAACGAGAAGAUUAAUUUAAGUAAUUAUAUGCUGGGUACGCAGUUACUCGGCGCUUACCUUCUUGAGUUGGGCACGCUUUAA